AUGAAAACAUUGCAAAGGAAGGUUAGAUUUUCAUACUCGGAUCCUGAUGCCACCGAUUCUUCAUCAGAUGAAGGUGGUGAUGGAACCGAAAAAAAAUCGAAGAGGAUGGUUCAUGAGAUUAUACUUCAGCCGGAAAAAAUUCUUGACAAGAAGGGUUCUGGAAAAAUUCGUGCACGAAUCAAGAAAUUCAAUUCUCGGGUUCUUAAUCAGAACGGGAUGGAAAAAUUAAUUGGGGUGCGGAGGAGAAGAUGGGGAAAAUACUGUGCUGAAAUCAGAGAACCUUUCAAGAAGAAACGGGUUUGGUUGGGGACUUACAACACUGCUGAAGAGGCCUUCAAUGCUUACCUGGACAAGAAGCGUGAAAUUGAUGAAAAACAGAGCGUUGGGCAGGGAAUUGAUUGUGAGGAUUCCUCUGAAGAUUCUUCACCUACAGUUAUCGAAUUUGAUACCCCGGAUUCUCCAAAUGAAGUAAGCACGAUAAAGAAGGAUGUAUUUGAGCAAAACAAGGUUGGUUCAAAUGCGGAACAGAAAUUUUCACUUUCAGACAACCCGUCUGUCAAGUUUGGGAUGCUGUAUGGUGUGCAAAUUAUUAACAAUCAUGGAUUUCUCUUGGGCGAAUUCAGCAAGUUAGAUGACUUUAGCAUUCGUGUAACGGAAUAA